GGGCAACAUAUGCUACGAAGGAGUGACUGCUGCAUGUGCGAAAAAUUGCAGUUCCUCGCUGCUCAUUGUUUGGAAAGACACCGUUGAACAUCUCAGUUGCGAAGCUCGGAGCCCUUUGCCGUUUUCCAUUUGUUUCUCUUUUUUUUUUACUACUAUUGCAAAUCAAACUCAAGGUUCUCGACAGGAUACCGCCCGAGCUCCGUGCUGUCCGCGCCCGCUCCCAUUUCCGACACCGCCCCCAGACAUGUACACUGCCUCAGUACGAUCGAUCGCUCCUCUCCGACAAGAAAUAUAGUUCCUGUCGUAUAUCUCUCCAGCGCCUUGACCUCUCAAUUCCAGCCUAAUAUACUCUAAGCAGGACACUUAAUGGGCGACAGGAUCCGAAUCGACUCAAAAGUGAGGCAGAUGAUCUUAUUUGAGCGUUCUAAAAAGCGUUCGUCUGCUGUCGCGAAUUUGCCGAGUGUCGUCAUGGCUGUGAAUCAGCGCGUCGCAUCCAAUGGCGGUGACGCUUCUACUCGUCACGUGCGCGUCGCAACUGGCUCGACCAAUGGCGGCCGUUGGUGGUGACGUGUCGCGGAAGGAUAUGGCGCUCUUAGGCGAGGGUGAUGCGGGCGUGCUUUCAGUGACGACGACGUUGUACUUUGACGUGGUUCCUACGUUUCUGCCAAUUUACCCACUCGGGUUGCGGCAAACUUGGUGACGAGAAAUACGUAACCGAUGGAAGUCCUGAUGGAGGAGGGCUCGGCCACGGUGACCUCUGCGCCCUCGAUCUCCCGUGGCGGCGGCGGCGGCACGAGCACGGCGGCGCCCUCUCGCUCUAGCCCGGCUCCCUCCACUGUGGUGGCGGUCUCCUCGUCCCAGGGGCGCACCAACGGCACGGUCGUGUUUGCCUCCCCGGCACAGGUCAAGCAGCUCAACGUGGUUCCCUCCUCCACAACGCAGGCGCUGGCAGUUCAACAGCCGGGGGGCGGUGUCUCCAUUGUACACGUGUCCAUCCCCAACCAGCAGAUGCAUGUCCAGUCGGUCAUCCAGCCCAACCAGCAGUCGGUCAUCCAGGCUGCCGGGGGCGCCGCCCUCCAGACGCUGGGCAAGAAUGUUAUUUUGGUAAAUAAGGGCUCAGUGAUCCACAGUGCCGACGGAGACGCCGGCGUCCAUCCCGUGCAGCUGAUUCCGGCGGGAAAGCUGGAUGCGACGGGCCAGGCGGCGAUGGUGACGGGAGAAGACGAACCCAAGAAACGGAGGGAGCUCCUGGCGCGGCGGCCCUCGUACCGCAGGAUCCUCAACGAGCUGUCGUCGACGGAAGCCCAGGGAGCGGUGGCGUCGCUGACGGAAGAGGCCAAGGAAGAGCAGGAGGACGACCCGGAUGGCACCAUCACCGUGGCCGGCACUCAGUACCACACGGCCGCCGGACUGCUCAAAGGUGGGCGCCGCCGCUACGGCGCCUGGGACGCGUCGUCUCUGACCGUGGUCCCGGCGUCUGCCAUCCAGCUGGCCACCGUGACGCAAGAAGGCAGCCUGCAGGGGCUGCAGACCCUGACCAUGACCAACGCGGGUUCGGCCGCCACGGCGGGAACCAUCGUGCAGUACGCCCAGGGACAAGAUGGGCAGUUCUUUGUGCCAGUGACGGUGUCUGCGGCAGACCUGCAGGCCUACCAGAUUCGGACGACGGGUGGCGGGGGCUCCAACCAGGGCCUGACGCAGAGCGUGGUCAUGGCCCCCGCGGCGAGCCUGCAGAGCCAGCAGUCGCUCGCCGAAGAGGCCUCGCGCAAGCGGGAGCUGCGCCUACUCAAGAACAGGGACGCGGCCAAGGAGUGUCGUCGCAAGAAGAAGGAGUACAUCAAGUGUCUGGAGAACAGGGUGGCCGUACUGGAGAACCAAAACAAGGCACUCAUCGACGAGCUCAAGUCCCUUAAGGAGCUCUACUGCCAGAAGAACGAGUGAAGAUCCCCGGCCACCGUGUACAGCACCGACCUCGCUUCUGGCCCCGGCCGACCCGAACCGUUCACCGUUUCCUGCGGGCCGGUCGGAUCACGAGGGACACAACUGGUACCGCCUAGAAGACUGAGCCCGCGCCUCUCCCCGGGCGUCGAGGGCUUGCACCGCCACCAUUCAUUGCGGUCGCCUUGCUACCGAGGACAUAGUGCCUGCCGCAUGCCCGUUUCGUUACCGAAUCUGAUUUUCUCGGCAGAAACGAGGAUGAAUGGCCACCAGCAUAGAGCGAUGACAUCAAGUGCGCAUCAAGUGCAAGUUUGUUGCAGGUCUAGAAUAGCAAAACAAGCUCCACCCACAAGGCUCUCUAUGAUUGGCUGUUUCCUCCUCUCCAAUAUUUGCUCCGACGAAGCUGAAGAAUGACGACGUAAUGUGCAGGCUUUGUCUUCUAGGCGGUAUAGGUAAAACACUACACAUUAUCACCUUUUUUUUUUUUUCUGAUUAUUUUUGUUUGUUUUAAGACCAGCUUCUGUCCAGUUUGCACUGGUGUCAGUUAGGCUGAAGAAUAUUGUACAAAAGAUCUCAUCACCUGUAAGGGUUUUUCUCUUUUUGUGUGUGGGCCUUUGGUCCGAACUGGCCACCAUGGUUUCCAGAUCUAGGGUUUCCUUGUAAAUACUGUAAAUAGCCGUCUCGUCUCAUUGCGCCAUUGUCUGUUUUUGUACAUUCUGUUUAAGCAAUCAUGCGAGGUCAGAGACCCAGCCUCGGGCUUUGUUGAAAGUAAAAAACAAGUGUGUCGAGUGAUCUUUUGGUGCUGGUUUUGAUAUUUUUAGUAGUUUUUUCUGUUGUUCUGACUGCCAUCGUGCAUUGAUUCGUCACUGUCUCUGGAUCACUGGUUGAGUGUGUUCUGCGGCAACCUUCGCAACAUUGAACGUGGUGCCUACGCACCGCGAUGCAGUCCUGCAUUCAACCGGAGAGAACCACAUUUUGUUCAGACAUUCAGAGCAUUUUUUUCUUUUCAAUUCUAUUACAUCUUGGAGAUCAUCCUGUGCCUUGAUAUAUUUGUAAAUCAUCGAAAAUAAAAAGGUACAUAAGACGCUUU